CCCCGUCGGCGCAGAUUUAUUUUCUCUCGACUCCCUCCAUUCUCUCUUCCUUCUUUCAUCCUCAAUCUCCCCUCAAUCCUUUCUUCUUGUUCAAGGGAAAGCCCAUCACAGCCGCAAUCAUGUCUUCCGCUGAACCCCAGAAGGUCUUGGGCAUGCCCCCCUUCGUUGCUGACUUCCUCAUGGGUGGUGUCUCCGCCGCUGUCUCCAAGACUGCUGCUGCCCCCAUCGAGCGUGUCAAGCUCCUCAUCCAGAACCAGGAUGAGAUGCUCAAGACCGGUCGUCUCGACCGCAAGUACAACGGCAUUGGUGACUGCUUCAAGCGCACCAUGGCUGAUGAGGGUGUCAUGUCCCUCUGGCGAGGAAACACCGCCAACGUCAUCCGAUACUUCCCUACCCAGGCUCUGAACUUCGCUUUCCGUGACAAGUUCAAGAAGAUGUUCGGUUACAAGAAGGACAAGGAUGGCUACGCCAUGUGGAUGGCCGGUAACCUUGCCUCCGGUGGUGCUGCUGGUGCCACUUCUCUUCUAUUCGUCUACUCUCUGGACUACGCCCGUACUCGUCUUGCCAACGAUGCCAAGAACGCCAAGUCCGGUGGUGACCGUCAGUUCAACGGUCUCGUCGACGUCUACAAGAAGACCCUCGCCUCUGACGGUAUUGCCGGUCUCUACCGUGGUUUCAUGCCCUCCGUUGCUGGUAUCGUCGUCUACCGUGGUCUCUACUUCGGAAUGUACGACUCUAUCAAGCCCGUCGUCCUCACCGGUAACCUCCAGGGCAACUUCCUUGCCUCUUUCGCUCUUGGUUGGAUCGUCACCACUGGUGCCGGUAUCGCCUCUUACCCUCUUGACACUAUCCGCCGACGUAUGAUGAUGACCUCCGGUGAGGCCGUCAAGUACAAGAACACCAUGGACGCUGCCCGCCAGAUUGUCGCCAAGGAGGGUGUCAAGUCUCUCUUCAAGGGUGCUGGUGCCAACAUUCUCCGUGGUGUUGCCGGUGCUGGUGUCCUCUCCAUCUACGAUCAGCUCCAGGUCCUUCUCUUCGGCAAGGCCUUCAAGUAAGCGAUUCGUACAACAUACCCUGUAUAGAUGAGUGUGGGGGAUAAGGAUUCGAGGAGAAUCUUAAUUAGCGGGCUGGACAUGGUGUCCGCUGGUUGAAACAAAAAGGCGAGAUCGAAGUGCAGAUCGAGGGAAGUUGUCACAGAUACCCGACGUGGUCCUCUGAAACAGCAGCUCUUUACGGGUUAGAGUGGCAUAGGCACGGCGUCUUUUUCUAAUCUUGCUUUGCCUUCCGUUCUAGGCCGCUGUAAUUUAUACACCAAUGCAAAUUCCCUUUACUGUCUACCUACUUUUAUGAUUUA